UAAUAUUUUUCAUAUGGUUUGGGUCAGAGCAAAAGAUGAGGUGUUGGAGAUUACAGUUUAUUCCCGGUUUCGCUAAUUUAUAUAAUUUGAAAUGCAGCAGGAUCAAGCUGACGAACUGGAAACGAAUAUGAUGGAAGUAGAUCCGAUACGACAUCGAUUUCCGUGUUGUGUCGUUUGGACGCCCAUACCGAUACUUACGUGGUUAUUCCCAUUUGUGGGUCAUAUGGGCAUAGCGACAAGCCGAGGUAUUAUCCGCGAUUUCUCGGGAAGCUAUUGUGUUUCUGAAGAUGAUAUGGCUUUCGGUUGGCCCACAUGGUAUCGGCAAGUAGAUCCAAACACGAUUGAUGGUGGAGUAGAAGCCUGGGAUCGCGCUGUGUUGGAUGCGUCGGAGGAAUAUAAAGAUCACGUGCAUACUUUAUUCUGUGACAAUUGUUACUGUCAUGUUGCGUUGGCGCUGAAUAAAAUGAAAUAUGGUCACAGACGAGAUUAUAAUUGUUUUCGACUGGUUAAUAUGCUAUUGUUCAAAGGUCAAUAUGUUGGGAUUGGCGGUUUCAUGAAACAAUGGCUUCCGUUCACAGUGAUUAUUUUGUUCAUUCUUAUUAUUACCAUUAUUACGAAAGGUUAA